AUGGAAAUGUCGUCAAUACUACCUGCGUCGAGCUUUUUAGGAGCAGCAUACAUAGGAGUAACAGGAGGACUAGUACUUUCAGCUUCAACUUUACCAUUUAAAAAUAUAAUAGGACAUUUGUAUAUAAGUGAAGAUAAUAAAUUAAUUAAGAUUUCAUCUAUCGAUUUCUAUGGUAAUAGAGUUGACAGAACAAUUAAAUCAGAAGAAUGGAUACCUUUGUUGGAAAUGAAACCGAAAACUAGUGAUGCAUUUUAUUUAUCACCCCAACUUACUGAUGGCACCAAAUAUAAACUUCUAGUCAAAUUUGGUAAAGUUAUAAAUUCCAAAAAGAUUGGAGAAGUUUUGGAAUAA